AUGCCCCCACGAAGACUUGUUGCGCCAGUGUGGCAGGACGAUAACGACGUUGCAGAGUGUUUCUUGUGUCACACGACUUACAGUAUAUUCCAUAGGCGGCACCAUUGCAGAAAGUGUGGCAAAGUGGUUUGUGGUGAUUGCUCAUCUCAAGAGAUGCAUUAUUUCGAUAAUACACCUAUAGCGACACCACCACCACCGGACGUGUCAUAUCCAAAUGACAAUGGCAAUAGAUCGAGGGUACGAUUAUCGAAACCUAGUGAGCAGUACAAGACUUGUGAUGAAUGUGCUAAUGAGAUAAUUAUGAUCCGACGAGCUUUAUUUGAUGAGCCGAACUCUGUUGUAAAUCAAAGUGAUGAGGACAACACAAAUGGGAUCAAGUACACGUCACGAGAACACACGCAUCAACUACCGUGUUCUUCAUCAACCACGUCAUUGAACAGGCGAAAUCAUGAUGGAACAAGUGAUAGUAAUCUAUGUCCCGUUUGUGCAACUGAUCUUUUAAAAGAGUAUAUUUCAGAUCGUAAGAAUGUGGAACUCAUAUCAAAUGACGAUUUUGAAAAAUUCAAGGAACAACACAUUAGCGAAUGUCUUGUGGCGUUUGAUUUCAAUACUGAUCAUUCAACUAGAUUUUCACCCGAACUGAAUGCAAGGAAUAAAAUGUUGGUGUACAAUAUACCACCGAUUCCCAAACCGCAGUAUGAGAACAUCGAUGUUGUGGGAUCAGCAAGCACUAGUGUGGAUACAUCACUAGUACCUCCAGAGAAAAUCGAGGAGGCUGAGUGUGUUAUAUGUCUUGAGGAUCUAAAGCCAGGAGACAAAGUUGGUAGAUUAGAGUGUUUAUGUGUUUUCCACUACAAAUGCAUCAAGGAUUGGUUCAACAAAAAGGGUUAUGGCGAAUGCCCGGUUCAUUUCUUACAUAAAUAA